AAUUUUCCUCAUGUUUUACAAUUUCAUCAUUAGAGAACGCCUGUAAUUCUCCGCAACAGUAUUAUUCAGGACAACAGAAAGUCUCUUCAAAUGUGUCUUCAAGUGAGUUCUCUAAAGAACUCGAGAUCAGUGAGUAGAAGAAACCCUUAAAUCGUCUGGGCUUCGCUUUUUCUUACAUUAUAGGUCAAUAAAGCUUAAUGGGGUGUUCUAAAAGUUCAAAAGUUGCAAUCUUGCUGGGGUUUUUGCUGCUAAUUUCUUCAGAAUUAGUGUGGGGACGAUUUGUGGUGGAGAAAAACAGCUUGAGGGUAAUAUCUCCAGAGAGCAUCAAAGGGACCCAUGAUAGUGCCAUUGGCAACUUUGGUAUUCCGCAGUACGGGGGAAGCAUGUCCGGGAUUGUGGUGUAUCCAAAGGAUAAUGAGAAAGGGUGCAAAAGCUUUGAUGGUACUGGGAUUUCUUUCAAGGCUAAACCUGGAGCUAUGCCUAAUUUUGUUCUUGUUGAUCGUGGAGAUUGCUUUUUCGCGCUUAAAGUAUGGAAUGCCCAAAACGCGGGUGCUGCAGCCGUUUUAGUGGCCGAUAACCGUGAUGAAAAUUUGAUCACAAUGGACUCGCCCGAAGAGAGUGGCUCGUCUGCCGAAUACAUAGCCAAUAUCACAAUCCCCUCCGCUCUCAUCGACAGAAGUUUCGGAGAGAAGCUGAAGACAGCUGUCAACGGGGGCGAAAUGGUCAACAUAAACCUCGACUGGCGUGAAGCCGUCCCUCACCCGGACGAUCGGGUCGAAUACGAGCUCUGGACGAACAGCAAUGACGAGUGUGGGGUCAAAUGCGAUAUGCUGAUGAAGUUUUUAAAAGAUUUUAAAGGCCCUGCACAGAUUCUUGAAAAGGGAGGGUACACUCAGUUCACGCCUCAUUACAUCACUUGGUACUGCCCGAAAGCUUUCACGAUGAGCAAGCAGUGUAAAUCUCAGUGCCUUAACCAUGGAAGGUACUGUGCGCCCGAUCCAGAGGAGGAUUUUAGUUCGGGUUAUGAUGGGAAGGAUGUUGUACUUGAGAAUCUGAGGCAGCUUUGUGUUUUUCGGGAGGCUAAGGAAGAAAAAAAGCCGUGGGUUUGGUGGGAUUACGUUACGGAUUUUCAGAUUAGGUGCCCGAUGAAGGAGAAGAAGUAUAAUGCAGAGUGUGCCGAGGGGCUGGACUUAAGGAAAAUCGAGAGAUGCAUGGGGGAUCCGAAUGCUGAUGUGGAUAAUCCCGUAUUGAAGGAGGAGCAAGAGGCUCAGAUCGGGAAAGGGACGCGUGGAGAUGUAACUAUUUUACCGACUCUUGUCGUGAAUAAUCAUCAAUAUCGAGGGAAAUUGGAGAAAGGUGCCGUUUUGAAGGCUAUAUGUGCCGGUUUUGAGGAAACUACCGAGCCUGCAGUUUGUUUGGGUGAUGAGAAGAUAGCUAAUAUCACGGAUACCUUUCAAGGAAGAGUUUAUGAAUGCCCUAUAGUCAAUGGUGUGCACUUUAAGGGAGAUGGCUAUAGUUCUUGUGUUGAUAUUGAUGAAUGCAAGGAGAUGAAAGUCUGCCAAUGUCCUGAAUGCAGCUGCAAGAAUACCUGGGGCAGUUAUGACUGUAAGAGGACUACUGAAGUGAAGUCUUCUUGGACAGCCGUUUGGAUUAUUCUGAUCGGGUUAGCUAUGGCAAGUGGUGGAGCAUAUCUUAUAUACAAAUAUAGGUUGAGGUCGUACAUGGAUUCAGAGAUCAGAGCAAUUAUGGCACAAUACAUGCCUCUCGACAGUCAAAAUGAAGUCCCAAAUCAUGUAAAUGAUGAGCGUGCUUGAAAAACGAUGACCAAUCAAUCUAUCAUAAUCCUCUCAUGUGUCCAGCAAAAUAUUCUGAAAGGUAGAGAAAUAUUAUAUCUAUUCUUGAAUGAUUUUGUUGGAUAAUGGUUUGAUACGCGAUUUUUCUGCUUGUCUUUAGUUAUGAAACAUGUAUGAGUCAGAAUUCGAUUAAGGUUCACUUGAGCAAAAAAAUGAAAAUAAAAAUUAGGUCGAAAAACAUGUACAUUGUAUAAUAUGACAGGUAUAUGUGUCCCCUAAUUUAAUCGAGAGAGCAUGUAAUAAUGUGCAUUCUUUUAUCCUUGUAAUGUACUCUCGUGUCGUGGUUGCAUGUUUUUUUGAGGGUCAACAUCAUUAGUUAUAGAUUUGUUUAAGCUUUUGGUUGGUUCUCAUUGAAUGCUGCUGUUAAAAAUUGUUCUACGAUGUUUAAUGGUUGUCAUUAUAUAUAUAUGUGGAUGCCAUUUAAAAAUCCAUGAUCUCAUGAUUUACUGGCACAAUUGAUGCUUUGAAUGGAUCUGCUGAAAAGAUUAUAUAAAUGCAC